CCCACGCGAGAACGUAAGCUGCAUACCACGGCGGCGCGUCGCGCGCAAACGAAGUGGACUACAACGACGAUCGCACGCGCGCAAUCGCUUAUAAAGUCAUUCAUGAGGGCCUCAUAAAUUCCGUUGAUCGUCGCGAUGACGUAGCGGCGAUGCGUCGGUGAAUUGCAUUGCGAGCAGAGUGCAAGAGGUGAAAAUUCUCGGUGAACUCCUCGUGGCGAUCAGUGGUGAUGCGUGUUUGCGUUUCGAUCGUUCCGGUGACCAUGGAACCGUCGAGCGUCUGACAACAUUGGCUGUCGACGAAAACAAUCGUUGCCGAGGAUCUCUCGAGACGUCGCCAGUCACGCAUCCAGACGUUGCUCGUCGCCGAAUAGUAACGAUCCUUCUCGUUCGAGAUAGCGAUCGCCGCUGGGAGCAGCUGCUCCGGAGCAACUUGCUCCAAAUUGGCAGAAUCGCGAUUAUGCGCUCGCAGACAACACUACCCAGUCCGCGGUGAUCAACCGUUAUCUACACAAUCAUUCGUUCGCCGAUAAGCCGUAAUUGGUAUUCCGAGAGGAGACCGUGAGAAGACAAUCGUGCGAAAAUGGCACUGGCAAAGCUCAAGAACUUUAUUGACAACGGCUUGAAGACGGUGUCCACGCCGAUGGACCGCACGGUGAAUCUGGAGCCGGAAGUCGGCAUUAGAAUCGUACAUUCGCCGAACAACAAGGCGCUCUACGUCACAGUGCUCGGUGCCAGACACUUGCCGCAGAACUUUGGUUUUACCAGAGUCAACAGCUACGUCGUAAAGGUAAAACUAAUUCCUGGCAAGGAAAAGUUCGAGACUACCUCGAAGAAUGAAUCUUGGCCGCAAUGGAACGAGGAAUUCACCUUUCCUUUGCGUAAAGAAACCAAGCAAAAGUUCGGCAAAUCCAAGGUUGUCGAGGAGGAGAUUAACGGAUCCAGAUUCAUCGUCGCGACUCUUUACGCGGUUCUCGAAGACAAACCUCUGAUAGCGACAGAAAAGAAAGAUUCGGAUAAAGAGAAGACGUCGCCUACUAAGGAAUCACCGAAGAAGGGUGAAAAAGGGAAGAAGAAGGAAGGCCAGGGUGGUUCUUCCGAUAAUCAGGAGUCCGGCAAGUCCAAGCUUCUCAGUCAAUUCUUUAGCAAAGGUUCUGACAAGAACGCGGAAUCUACGAUCACGGAAAGGAAAGUUUACGACAAGAGACGAACUGUUGGCGCGACGACAGUACCGCUUGAUCCGAAGAAUUUCGUUUGCAAACAACCAAAAUCGAAACAUUCCAGCGAUGUGUCUACGGGAGACUUGUGGAAGCCGCUGCGACCAAUCUGCAGCGGUAUCUCGGGUGCCGAGGAAAGAAAAGAGAACAAAAAGGGACAAGUCGAAUUGUCGUUAUGUUUAUCGAAAGGUGAGAAAGAUGAGGAUAGCGGCGGGCAAUUGAUAUUGUCUCUGAAUCGUCUGAGAUGUUCGCUUCAGACGAUGCACGAGCAUGAAGGUUUGAAAGGACAAAUGUAUAUAAAAAUGUCAGUCGUUGACAAUGGAAGAGUAACGCACUUUUGGAAAAGCGAUCGAUUCACACCGACGGUAUCCACGAAAUUCUCGCCAGAAACGGCGAGAGUCGUUGCUGACAAUCCGUACAAAGGAGCGCUCAAUGACGUGAGCUUUGUUAUAAAAUUCGUCUCAAAGAAUAAAAUAGGUAAGAAGAUACCCGUAGGUCACUUUGUAAUCGGGCCUGACGUUGGUGGAACGUACGGUGAACAAUGGAAGCAGGCAUUAGCGAAACCGGGACAACAGAUAACGAAGUGGCAAGCGUUUGAAUAAAAAUAACGCGGAGUCGAUUUGAGGAGUCAGUAACUUAUUCAACACUGUGAAAACCACAGCCGUUGCAUGGCGUUUUCUCUACAAUAUGUAGAAACAUCGCAAUGAAAAUGAGAGCGCUGUACAUGCGUCAUAAAUAUUUAAGACAUGAAUCGAUAAAGCCGUUUCUCCCUCCCCGUCUCAAAGAAUGCAAUAGGUAUGUACGCGAAUAUGUAUUUCGAGUAUCGUUAUAUACGUGCACUUUUCUUACUGCGCAUAACGUGACAUAAAUCCUGUAAAUGACAAAUUCUUUGCCAAUUUCAACCGUCCUUAAUUCUCGGAGGAGAGAAUUCUACCCCAAAUUCGAUCAAUGUAACCGUCCGUAAAGUAAGUAAGAAUUAUUCACCUAAUGCAGAGAUAUUUAAAACAAAAAUAAUCACAAUGCUACAAGUACAACAUAUCAUAUUUGUAAGACUGCGAGAAUACGAGCUCGCUAUGUUAUGGAAGUUAAAGGAUUAUAUUAUAUUAUCGAAUAUAAAAGCGUAUCUUUAAAAAUAAUAUAUUUUGAUAAUGAAUACAACAUAUAUUUGACUAAUUUUAUGCCUACGUUAAAUGCUCAUUUUUAUUAUUGCGCUAGCUAGAAAUGAAGCAAGCGCAAAACAAAUAUUCAAAGUCGGUAUUAGUAAAACAAAUAUUCGGAGUCGGUAUUAAUAAAAGUAAAAGCCAUUUCAGAUUGUGAUAAAUCGAAAUAUUUUUUUAUUAUAAUUUUUAUUUGAUAAUGUAAAGUAUUUAAUGGGAAAAUAUUGCGAUACACAACAUAGGAUAAAAUAUCUUUAUAAUGAAAACACAUUUUAUGAAAAUAUUAAGUGUUUUUAAAUUAUAUUUACGGCCGAAUAUAAAAAUACUAUGAAAAUAUAUCUAAGGAUCUUUUAAACUUUUACACAGUUACAUGUAUUUAAGUAAUUUGAGAGUUUUUCUAUAUCAUUUCUGUAUUUCUUUUAAUAACUUGUACACUGAUAGCAUUUUAAUGAAUGUCUGUAUGUUUAUAUAUAACUGUUGACA